AGCUGGAAUCCGCGGAGGGGGCGCGGUGGGCGCGGUGGGCCUGAGCACCGGCCACCCACCCUGCGCUCCGGACCCGCACCCUCGGCUCGGAGCCGGCGCCUUCCCGGCGCGCCGUCGGCCGCCCACUCGCCUCUACCCCGCAGCCCGCGUACUCUGCGGAAGAAGCUGCAGGCAGCCGUGACGCGUCAGGGAGGAAACGCCGGCGCCCGGCGGCCCUGCCGGGAAGGAGGAAGCGCGAGUGCGCCCGGCGCCCAGCGCCUGCCGUGUUGGGAGAUAGCACCGCGGAGCCGGUUGAUUUAGAAGAAGGGAUGUGUGCAGCAGUACCAUAAGAAAUCGAGGGACAACGUGUCCAAGCCAGGCUCUCAGAUCGGAGCUCGAGCUCUGUUCACAUCACAGUGCUGCCAUCCAAAGCUCUGUGACCAUGCGAAAGUACUCCACAUAGCCUAGGUUUCUUCAUGUGUAAAACCAGGAUGAUGAUACUUCACGAGUUCCUGUGAAGAUUAACUGAUGUGUUAGAUGUUGCAUGAUGGAAUCUGAACAUUACCUCAAGAAGUUUUAUGUUUUGGAUUAGCUGAUUGGGUUUGUCCGCUGCUGACUGUUUCUUCGGACUCAUUUUUUUGGUGUCCUUUCGAGGCCAUACACCCAAAGGGGUUAUACCAUGGACCACAAGGAAAGCUGCCCGAGUGUAAGCAUUCCCAGCUCCGAUGAACACAGAGAAAAAAAGAAGAGGUUUACUGUUUAUAAAGUUCUGGUCUCAGUGGGCACGAGUGAGUGGUUUGUCUUCAGGAGAUAUGCAGAAUUUGAUAAGCUUUACAAUACUUUAAAAAAACAAUUUCCUGCUAUGGCCCUGAAGAUUCCUGCCAAGCGAAUAUUUGGUGACAAUUUUGAUCCUGAUUUUAUCAAACAAAGAAGAGCAGGACUAAAUGAAUUCAUUCAGAACUUAGUUAGGCACCCAGAACUUUACAACCAUCCAGAUGUCAGAGCAUUCCUUCAAAUGGACAGUCCAAAACAUCAGUCAGAUCCAUCUGAAGAUGAAGAUGAAAGAAGUACUCAGAAGCUACACUCUACCUCACAGAAUAUCAACCUGGGACCAUCUGCAAAUCCUCAGAUACUACGCUUCCCUCACCCUUUUGGUCCACUUAAACAUGCUAAACCAACAGACUUUGAUUUCUUGAAAGUUAUUGGAAAAGGCAGCUUUGGCAAGGUUCUUCUUGCAAAACGGAAACUGGAUGGAAAAUUUUAUGCUGUCAAAGUGUUACAGAAAAAAAUAGUUCUCAACAGAAGAGAGCAAAAACAUAUCAUGGCUGAACGUAAUGUGCUCUUGAAAAAUGUGAAACAUCCAUUUUUGGUUGGAUUACAUUAUUCUUUCCAAACAACUGAAAAGCUUUAUUUUGUUCUGGAUUUUGUUAAUGGAGGGGAGCUGUUUUUUCACUUACAAAGAGAACGGUCCUUUCCUGAACACAGAGCAAGGUUUUAUGCUGCUGAAAUUGCCAGUGCAUUGGGUUACUUGCACUCCAUCAAAAUUGUGUAUAGAGACUUGAAACCAGAAAAUAUUCUUUUGGAUUCAAUAGGACAUGUUGUCUUAACAGAUUUUGGGCUUUGUAAAGAAGGAAUUGCUAUUUCUGACACCACCACAACAUUUUGUGGGACACCAGAGUAUCUAGCGCCUGAAGUAAUCAGAAAACAGCCCUAUGACAAUACAGUAGAUUGGUGGUGCCUCGGUGCUGUUCUGUAUGAAAUGCUGUACGGAUUGCCUCCUUUUUAUUGCCGAGAUGUUGCUGAAAUGUAUGACAACAUUCUUCACAAGCCCCUAAAUCUAAGGCCAGGAGUGAGCCUCACAGCUUGGUCCAUUCUGGAAGAACUCCUAGAAAAAGACAGGCAAAAUCGGCUUGGUGCCAAAGAAGACUUUCUUGAAAUUCAGAAUCAUCCCUUUUUUGAAUCACUCAGUUGGACUGACCUUGUACAAAAGAAGAUUCCACCACCCUUUAAUCCUAAUGUGGCAGGACCAGAUGACAUUCGGAACUUCGAUGCUGCAUUUACAGAAGAAACGGUUCCAUAUUCUGUGUGUGUGUCUUCUGACUAUUCUAUAGUGAACGCCAGCGUACUGGAGGCUGAUGAUGCAUUCGUUGGUUUCUCUUAUGCACCUCCUUCAGAAGACUUAUUUUCAUGAAUAUUUUGCCACCGAAAACCCAUUGAGCAAAUUUCAGCCUAUGUACAGAUGGAACUGAAACUCCUGUUUGUGUGAAUAUCUUCAAAUAUGUAUAACUAGUGCCUCAUUUUUACAUGUAAUAUUAACAACUAUGAAAAAUGUAUUUUCUGCUGUAUGCAAGAGAAUAGGGCAUUUCAAAGAGCUAAGCUUUGAAUUAAAAUUUGUAUUCUUGUUUAUUAAGCUUAUUUUUAAACAGAAAUUUUAAAAAGCUAUUGUUCUUAGCAUUAACCUAUUUUUAAAGAAAACCUUUUUGCUGAUGACUGUUUUUUCCCUCUAAGUUUACACUAACAUCUACCCAAGAUAGAUUUUUCAACAGUCUAUUUCAGUUCAGUUAACAUAUUUUAAUGCCUUUAUAACUCUACUUUGACCUUUGUCCUCUGAACAGAACUAUGCAAUUGCUUAUGGUUGCUUAAGAAGAAACCAUAUUUGUCUCUAAUAAAUCACUGCUUGCCAUAAUCAGUUCUUGGUGGGAUUACAAUGUAGGAGCAAAGUUAACACACUGGCUGCUAAUUAACACUUUGAAUAACUGUUCAUUCUACAGAUCAAAUUACAAAAUAACAAAAGGAAAUCCUUUGCUUUUGAAAUACCAAUUUAAAUUUGUGAAUUAUUUUUCCUCUGGAGUAAAAGUAAAUGUUUAAUAGUUGACAUUUUAAAUAUUCCCAAAGAUCUGACGGGUAAUAAACUACUGCUGGGGCUUUUUGUAAGGUGGUGCCAAAAUGAAUGUCUCUGUGUCAUGUAUUUAUAUCACAAAUACAUUCUAUUUAUGUUC